AUGAUCGUGUCCGACAUGCUACCAGAACUGCUGUUUUCGGUUGGCAGUGGUAUGCAGGACUUUGGAAAGGAUGAGCUAGGAGGUUUGCUCGGAACCGGCGUCGUAGUGAGCAGCGAUAAGGAUCACAGUCCGAGCCAGCACACCCUGCACUCGGCCGCCAGCGGCGGCGUUGGCCUAGUGGUCGGCAUCGAUGACAUAAAGCUGACGUCCAUCCCGGAACUGCUGGAAUCGAGCGAUGGUGGCAAGUUGGAGGAAGUUGAACGUGAUCUCUACCCGUGGCACACCGGCCCCAACAUCGGAAGCCGUUUUCUGCGCAGCUCAGACGAUCCACUGAUCUCCGGUGGCACCAACGACAAUCCGCACGAUAAUGAGCUUAGCGUGCCGACGGUCAACCAGUCCUCCAUGUGUCCGUCUCCAACCACGCCGCCACCACACGCACCGAAGCACCGCCACUCAAGUGUCCUGCCACCGGAGCUCGCCGAGCCAAUACUGUCCCCACCCAAGAAGACGCCAACCUCGGUCGUCCCGGAACCAUCGCCAUCGAAGCAACCGACGGCUAACAAACGCUCCAACACCCCGAGGGCACGGCGAAAGGGACCGCUCAAGCUGCGGUUUCACCACCAAGCCCUGCCCCAGGAGUACCUCGACCACUAUGAGGCCACCCAGAACAAUCUGCAUAAGAAGGAAGUGCACGGUCAAGCAAAGUCGACGACGCGCCAGCGGCACCAACAGCAGUCCGAUCAGCAAUCGGCGAAGGUUCUGAUGGAGCGCCAGGCUGUGCUGGAGCGCGAGGAACGGGCCAACGAGUCCGUGCGGAGUUGGCUGCAGAAAAUACUGGAACUGCAGCAGGAGGGAGUCCCGAUGGCUCCCCCGCUCAAGGACGAGCCGGGUCAGCAGGCGUCGGCCGCACCAACGCCAUCAACUGCUGACGUUUCACCGCAGAAGCGGAUAGUCAGCUACACCGAUCUGCCGUACAUGGGCGAGAUCACGUUGGACAACUGCAAACCGCGGCGCGGCCGGAAACCCAAGAAGGCGGACAUUUGCCACCUGAUCUACAAGAACUACGGCACCAUUCUCCCCGGCACUCCAACGCGAGAGCUGACGCUGGAGAAGGUCGCAAAGGGGUGCUCCAAGUCCGUUGCCAGCCUCCUCGAGCGCCGCCUGACGGCAUCCGAUGAGAGAGCGAAAGGGAGGCAACCCACUGCUGGGCCCCGGCGGCACCCGGAUGGGGCGAACCGGAGGAGCCCCAAGAAGGGGCUUCGGAAAGAGGAACCACUCAAUCUGUGCGUCCGUGACUCGGGCGGGCUGGGUGAGGAUGCGCUCAGCCUGUCGUCGGAUCCGGACACGGAUCCGGACGAAGAUCCGUUUGCUUCGUCGUGUCCGACGCCAAUCAUCACGCCGUCCGAUUUGUGCACUGACCAGGCGUUGGCCGCCAAUAUGAAGCUUUCGCUGCCGACAUUGCAAUCGUCGUCGGGGAGCACGACGGAAACGCCCUCGACGGCCGACACUCCGCCGGGUUACAUGUACUGGUCGUCGUCGAACACGCCGGCUCUCUUCGCACAUCCCAUGGGCCCGUACUUCCCGGCGGCCGAUGGUUCUCCGGCCUCAUCGCCGGCGGUGUCACCGGAUGGACUGAAGGGUGACCAACGGCCUCCACAGCCGCUGCUGGUUCCGAAGCACAUUUCGCAGCUCAUCAAACCCACCAAAACGGCGGCAGUCGCCUCGACCGGCCAACGACGGUCGUCACCGAUCCCGAAGCGGAAGCGAUCGGCCAUCUUCAUCCCGCCCGUACCGGCCGAGAACAGCUCCAACCCGGCGACGGAAGUGAGCAUCUGCAAGUUCAAGUUCACCGGCGGCGCCAAACCGUGCCUGCAGGAGAAGAAGAUACUGAGCGUCGACUCGGGCGGCAACUUCCGGUACUACUCCGGCACCGGCGACAAGUCGAUGCGGGGCUACGAGUUCUUCCCGCGCGAAAGUCUCCAGCAGAGCAGCAUCACGGCGACGAGCACGACCGGAGCGUUCCUGAAUGCAUCCGGCGAGCGGAUCGCGUGCGAUUUGCCGCCGCCCUCGCUGGGCCUAAGCAACGAUCUGCUCCAGAUACCGGACUUUCCCACUUCGCCGCCCCAUCCGUGCUCGCCGAGCCCUUCGAUCGGUCCGAUGCACCACCACCACCAUCAUCAGUCGCUGCAGCACACGGCCUCCGAGAGGCGGCGGCGAAAGAGCCGCCGGGCCACGCAGCGCGAGUCACUUGAGAAGACGUUCAAGGAGAAGGGCUUCCUGAUCCAGACGCAACAGAUGCAAUCGGCCGAAGGUGCGACCUACUGUAAAUUCAGACAAUUACGCAAAUUUACCCGCUAUCUCUUCCGAAGCUGGAAAGACUAUCUGCCGGGCGAUCUGCAACAGCAGCAACAGCAACAACAACAGUCGGACGGCACCGUACUGCCAGGCGUGACACUGCCACCAGCCGGAGGAAUGUCCGAGGAGGACGGCUCUAUCAGUUCGACCGUCCGAAGUCGCCUUACAACGACCCAGCAGCUGCAGCAUUCCGAAACCUACACGGCGACUGACCCCCGCAGCAGUCCAGGGCGGCCACGAGCCACCGGAAGCCCGUCGCCGCGGCGUGUCGACUGAUCUACUGAGCUGGUCCUCUACGACGGGUCCAGCCCAGGUUUAGUGUUCUCGAGAAUAAGUGAUUAAUUUAUGCUGCCAAAGCCAAAGAUUAGUGUUUAGGAGUGGACCACGGAACACGGUAGCGUUUAUAAGGCCAUCUCCCGUCCUUGCCAUCUCUAAUCGGUAACAAUCUCCAAACGGCUCCAAAGCGACGCCAUAACCAAUCGAAGCAUUCGAAGUCUAGUCUUUUGCGCUUUCUUCUUGCCCCGGUUCCCGGACAGUGUGACCCUUCUUUUAGUCUAACGAGUUGUUCAAGGACCACCACCACUCCUUAAAAUGCUACAGCCCAUUCUGUUGUUAAUUGCCAUUCACUAGCAUUUUUGCGGAUCGAGGCCAGGGGAGUGA